CGCCCCUACAUGAAUCAUCACGUGACGUCAGGGAAAUAAUGCGGAAGGGCGGAACAUCCGGGAAUCACAAGAUCUGAGUCUGGAAGAGAAGUGACCCGGAGCGGGCGGCGGACAGUUGCAGUCAUGUCGCUGAGCGCUCUGGCUGUUGCGCUGCUCUGCGUCGCUGUCGUGGCCGGUGAGCCUCUUGUGUACAAGGACUGUGGCUGUCAGCAGGGAAAGCUGAUCUCCGUGGACGUGUCUCCUUGCCCUAAACAGCCGUGUCCCCUUGUGCGUGGCAGCACCUACACCAUUAAUGUGACCUUCACAAGCGAGGAGGCCACCCCCAGCUGCAGCGCCAUCGUCCACGGCAAGAUAGCGGGCAUACCAGUGCCAUUCCCGCUCCCAGAGUCAGAUGGUUGCAAGAGUGGACUUUCCUGCCCCUUAAAGAGUGGAGAGGGCUACACGUAUGUCACCAAGAUGGACGUCAAGCCGCAGUACCCCAAGAUGAAGCUGGUGGUGAAGUGGGAGCUGCGCGACGCCAACAACAUGGACCUAUUCUGCUGGGAGAUUCCGGUGGAGAUCACGGACGGCUGAGCCCAUCCCCCACCUGUCAUUAACCCUUCCCCCGCUGCUGACUGCCGUGCAGUUCUAACAUCCAAUCACAAUGAAGAAAACUAAACGUUUUUGAUAAUUUUUUUAAUAAAAGCUUUUCAGUUGAUUUCCCUGCGAGCACUGACCCCGACACCAAUAAAGUAUUCUCAGCCUC